AUGAAAUACUCGAUUCAGCGGUACAUUUCCUCUUCAAGUCAUGUACACUCAAAUGCGAAUAUUUUGAAUUACGGAAUUCUUAAUACUAAACAUACCCUGUUCUGGCAGCCAAUAAGCCAAAAACCAUCGCUGCUUUCCAAAACGCAUAACCUAUCUCUUAAACAAAAUUCUCAACAACGGAUUGCUUUCUUCCAUAAAUCUUCUACGUGUGCUGUUUCCAAUUUAUCUCCUCGAAGAAGACUUCCUGAUGUUUCUGAAGUUUCCUCGAAUAACAAACGUAUUCCGUCUCUCUUUGCUUUUUUUUGUAUCAUUUGGGCUGCUUGUGCUUUUUAUGCUAUCCAUUACGGAAAACAAAACUCCAACGUUACGCAAGUUGUAAUGUUUCGAGUGCAAAAUUCCGAAGAAGCACUCAAGCUUUUGGGUGAUAAUAUCCAAUUCAGGUACCCAUUCCCUUGGAUAAAAGGUAAACUACACAAACGUUAUGGUAUGAUAGAUAUAUCUUUCGAAGUAACUGGUUCUAAAAACUCGGGUCUUGUUCAUUACAAGAGCCAACGCUUUGGUCCCAUCCCUCAUUGGAUUGAGCUGGAGUGUUCUUUAACUUCUAAUGGAAAGACUAUUCCUCUCACCUCUUCGGCUUACGAUAACCAAUGGUGA